AUGUCCCUCGUGGAUGAGGUCACCUCGUGGCGCAGAUGCGAGGAGGAGAUACCACUGCUGACACGGGCGCGGGAGCUGUGCGGAGCGGAGACCUCCCUGUCCCCAGCAGACUGUAUGAAGCGUCUCUUCGUCGCACUCCGCGAACAGAUAGGCUGCCUUCCCGGACUCAUCACGCCGGAGAACAUCAGGGAUAGAGGCACGCGGGCCCAAGUAUACCGCCUUUCUUGCCUGUGCGACAUCCUGGGGCGCUCGAGGUUCUUCCGCCGCGUCCCGAGAUUGAACAUGUUCGAGCCUCUCAGCCACAUGCGAUACUCUGGUGCCGCCGCGCGCCUCUCGAAACGGGCGCGCAGCAUAAGAGACCCCGUCAGCUAUGUGUGGGACACGGAUAUUGCUGCCCCUCCAGCGCCGCAGGAGCUGGUCCUCCGCACUACGGCGUACGAAGCUUUGAGGGCGGGUGAUUAUGUAGAAGCCACCUCAGGCGAAGAACGAGACACCGACGAAGCUAUAAAACAUCCAUUGGAACAGGAGAUCGAACCGCUUGUGGCCGAGUGGACCCAUAAACUGGUCCAAUGGCGUCUGGGUGGUCUAUCCGUCCGCCGCGGAUUGCUCCUAUGGUAG